GACUGUUCUGGAACUUGUUUGACUCUCAGUAUGAAGAUAAAAACAAAACAAGCAAAAAAAGUCGAGACUUUCCAUCUGUCUGGCUGUGGGAGCGAGUGAAGGCGGUCUCCUCGUCCAGCAGCUUCUCCAGAAAUGAAGGGCCAACAGAAAAGCCCCGAGCCGGACGGGAGUGUCUCUGUCAACGAGGAAGGGUCCGUCGCCACCGCUGAGGAUCCUGCAGCCAUCGCCACCAUCCAGUCCGCGGCCACCUUCACCGAUCAGCCCAUCAAAUAUCUCUUCAAGACGGAGGGGGCGGGCGGACAGGUGACCUACAGGGUGAUCCAGGUGUCUGACGGACAGCUGGAGGCCCAGACAGACGGAGCGGCGGCCGUCAGCCUGGUGACGGGCUUCCCUGCCACCACUCAGGCUGUCACACAGGCGGUCUUCUCCCAGUCAGAGGCCCUGGAGGGCGACGGCGGCGCCGAGACGCAGUACACCUACUACCCCGCCACCAUCGCGGACGCCACCACCGGCACCAUGGUGACCACGGUGCAGGCGUCUGACACGCUGCUGGGCCAGACCACGCCCACAGGGCAGCUCUACGUCAUGAUGUCGCCCCAGGAGGUCCUGACCUCCAACCAGAGGACCAUCGCGCCCCGCACCCAGCCGUACAUCGCGAAACAGGAAGCUCCUCGCGCCUCCAGAGACGAGAAGCGGCGAGCUCAACACAACGAAGUGGAGCGCAGGCGCAGGGACAAGAUCAACAACUGGAUCGUGCAGCUGUCCAAAGCCAUCCCGGACUGCAACGUGGACUACACCAAGACGGGACAGCAGAGUAAAGGAGGGAUCCUGUCCAAAGCCUGCGAGUACAUCAAGGAGCUGCGGCAGAGCAACCUGAAGCUGGGGGAGGACAUCGGCACCCUGGACCGCCUGCGGAUCGACAACCAGCUGCUCAGACAGGAGGUGGAAGACUGGAAGUCCAAGAACCAGAUCCUGAGGAACCUCCUGCGACAGCACGGCAUUGUGGGAUCGUCCAGCUCGGACCCCCAGUGAGCGGCACCUUCCAGAACCACCACCAGGGGCCAACGGAGGACUUGGAAGUUGCUGCGAGACCCAGAGUGCAUGAGAAACAACCCAUUACUGUCCUUCAUAUUCAGACGACACACGGCUCUCCUGGCUUUUUACAGCGAUU